CCUGUGUAGCAGACGAUGAACAAACAAAAGCACAACCACACACAGCACACAGCAACGCCAGUCAUCUGUUGCAGAAGCACACAUCUGCCGGUUCUUUGAACCUUUUAUUCAAAGUUUAUCUGUUUGUUGACAUGUUUAAAAAGUUUGAUGAGAAAGAAAGCGUCUCAGGGACGCAGCAACUUAAGUCUUCAGUCCAGAAAGGAAUUCGUACCAAAUUAUUAGAACUGUAUCCAACUUUAGAAUCUUACAUAGAUGUUAUUCUUCCCAAGAAAGAUGCUUUCAGAAUAGUUAAGUGCCACGAACACAUAGAGCUGCUUGUGAAUAGUGCGGGUGAUUUGCUCUUUUUCCGCCAAAGAGAAGGACCAUGGAUGCCCACAUUGAGAUUGUUACACAAAUAUCCAUUCUUUCUUCCCCUGGAACAAGUUGACAAAGGCGCCAUACGAUUCGUUUUAAGUGGAGCAAAUAUUAUGUGUCCUGGUCUUACAUCACCGGGAGCUAAAAUGACGACAGUACCUAAAGGGACUGUAGUUGCUAUAAUGGCAGAAGGAAAACAACAUGCAAUUGCUGUGGGAAUCACAUCAUUAUCCACGGAUGACAUAUCAAAAGUAAACAAAGGUGUAGGUGUGGAAAACUGCCAUUAUUUAAAUGAUGGACUUUGGCAAAUGAAACCUGUUAAGUGAGCUGUCUCUGGUGUGAUACAAAUGUGCAUUUGUUUAUAAUACAUGUGUUACUCGUAUUGAUACUAAAAGAUUUUUGUAAGUAAUGGUUCUUCUUUAUUGCAUAAAAAACUGUAACAUACACAA